CAAUUCAAUCCAAGAUCUCACUUAAAAAAGGAAAAGAAAAUGUUCUCUGCUGUUCCCCCGAUCCAGAGGCAUUCAGCUUUGAUUGUUAAUCGACUACGUUUGAUUGAGAAGCCAUUCUUUAUAAUCAAAAUAAAGAAGGAAUUGCAUUAGAUGAGGCUACUGCAAUUGGGGUUUUUGGUCGCGUUAGCAUCUGGAUUCGCUGCCAUACUCAUCUACAUCACUGGAGUUUCUACUUUAUAUUAUAAUAGGAUUUCAGAUGAAGAUUAUGAAGCAUUGGAGUCUCUACAGAGUGGUUUCCAGAAGUGUGUGAGUGCAAAUGGAUUAGGUUUACAAGCUGUGAGUGGUAAAGAUUCUUGCCAUGUAACAAUUAAGUUUCCCAGUGAUACUGUCCCCAAAUGGAGAGAUCCUAAAACCGGGGAACUUGAAGGUUUAUCGUUUGACUUUAAUCUUUGUGAAGCUGUAGCUACGUGGGAACGAGUCCGUAACAGUACCACAAUUCUCACUAAGGAGUACAUCGAUGCUUUGCCAAAUGGCUGGGAGGAAUAUGCAUGGCGUAGGAUUAAUAAAGGAGUACAUCUUAACCACUGUCAGAAUAAAACUUUAUGCAUGGAGAAACUUUCUCUGGUACUCCCUGAAACACCACCAUAUCUUCCCCAGCAGUUUGGCCGUUGUGCUGUUAUUGGUAACUCAGGAGAUCUUUUGAAAACAAGGUUUGGUAAGGAGAUAGAUGGUUAUGAUGCUGUUAUUAGAGAAAAUGGGGCCCCCAUCCAGAACUAUACAGACUAUGUGGGCAAGAAAAGUACAUUUCGUCUUCUUAAUAGGGGAUCUGCUAAAGCUCUUGAUAAAGUAGUGGAGUUAGAUGAAACAAGGAAGGAGGUCCUGAUUGUUAAAACCACUAUUCAUGACAACAUGAGCAAGAUGAUACGGGAAAUUCCUAUUAAAAAUCCUGUAUAUCUCAUGCUAGGUGCAUCCUUUGGUUCAGCAGCAAAGGGAACUGGGCUCAAGGCUCUUGAGUUUGCUCUCUCUAUAUGUGAUUCAGUAGAUAUGUAUGGUUUCACUGUGGAUCCAGGAUAUAAGGAAUGGACAAGGUAUUUCUCAGAAUCUCGACAGGGUCAUACUCCUUUGCAUGGUAGGGCUUACUACCAGAUGAUGGAGUGUUUGGGUCUUAUCAAAAUCCAUUCCCCCAUGCGUGCUGAUCCUAACCGUGUUGUGAAGUGGGUACCAAGCCGCAGAGCCAUUAGAGCUGCUCAAGUAGCAUCAGAAAAAUUGUUGAGAAUGGUUGGUGCAGGGUCUGAAGACCCUCUGAGUGCUUGUUUAUUAAUAAAGAAGCAUGUUAAGCAAAAGCCUAUACUGAUUUCAAGUCUCAGAAAGGCUGCCAUUAAUCAUCAAAAAUUUGUGAAAGGCACAAACAUGUACCCUUUACAGCACAGCCCUGUGCAUGGUCAACUUUGCUUGAUGGCAGCCAAUUGAAUCUGAGGCAAGUGGAGUUAUUCUUCUUCAAGAUGAGCCAGCUGCACAAAAUUGUGAAGAUUUAUAUCAUUACAGACCUAAACACAAGUUAACAGAUAUCAAAAGGCUGCUGCAGAUUAUUUUCAGUUCAAAAGUUUAAGUUUUUCAUGCUCCCCUUCAAUUUUUGCGGAUCCAGUUUGCCGUGGUCAAUGAGGAACAUAUAGGUAAAAGAUAAAACUUCAUUGAAAAUCAAGUGUAGCUCCAUUGUUCUUUAUGAGUGGCAGGACUAACCCAAAUUAAUGUACAAAAUUGUUAUGAAAACGGUUGUUGAAAUCCAUGCUUAAGAUAUUCAAUUCGCUUUUGUGUCUGACCAA